AUGAUGCCUACGGCAGGCUGCAGGAUCAUAUCCAGCGCGGCUCCGGAGGUGGUGAGCUUCAAAGCAGACCAAGACCUCCAGCCCGGGAAGGUCGAGUGGGCAAACUACAUCAAGGCAAGCGCCGCGUGCAUUAUGCUUGGCGCUGCUUUUCGCAAGGAUGUGCCGGAAGGGUACGAGCUGAGCUUCGACGCCGCCAUCGCUUCGAACGUACCGCUGGGGGGAGGGCUCUCCAGCUCGGCGGCUUUGGAGGUAUCGAUGGCGACCCUCCUGGAAGAGAUCACGGGCGUGCGGGUCGGCGGCGUCGACAAGGCGCUCCGGUCGCAUAAGUGGUCGGACCACAACUUCAUGGGCAUCCCGUGCGGCAUCAUGGAUCAGUUCGUAUCCGCGCUAGCCGUCGCCGGGACUACGCUGCUGGUCGACUGCAGGACGAACGCCUUCGAGACGGUGCCCCUGGAUGACUCAGGAGUGGUCUUCGUCGUGACCAACACCGGAAUUCGACACAGAAACGCGAGCGGAGCGUACGGGGAGAGGGUGCAGCAGUGUAGGGACGCCGUGGAGGCGCCGACGAAGGCGUGGGAGAGGAAAUCGUUUGUUCCUCACGGUGACGCUGUGUACGCACAUGCGGGAAUGGAUGCGGUUCAGAUAAAAAAGAGGCAUCCGGAGGUUGAGCAGCUACGCGACGCUUCCCUGGCGUGGGUGCUGGAAGUCCAGGACGAGGUGGACGAAAAGGUCUUCAAGCGUGCCCGGCACGUGGUGUCCGAGGACAGGCGGACUCUCUGCUGCGCCAUGGCUCUUCGCCGCAAGGACUACGGGAUCGUUGGAGGGUGCAUGACAGAGAGCCACGCUUCUCUGAGGGAUGACUACGAGGUGCCCUAUCGCAAUCUGUUCGCUAAGGUGAGCAUCAAGGAGUUGGACCUACUGGUAUCGAUCGCCAUGGGCACGGAUGGCGUGUACGGCAGCAGAAUGACGGGCGGAGGCUUCGGAGGAUGUACGGUGACGCUGGUGAAGGCGGAAGCAGCGCAGGCUCUCAUGACCAAGCUGAGAGAAGAGUACCUGGCCGAAACGGGCAACGCGUGCGAGUGCGUAGUGACGUCACCGUGCGAUGGCGCCGGGGUUCUCGUACCGCUUCGGUGA